UAGUAGCCAUGGAGGCGCAGGCCAAGGCACCGGCGACCGCGAGCGGCAAGGACCCGCGUCGCCCCGGCGGUGGCUCGCCGCCGGGGGCCGCGGAAGAGGCGAGCAAGCGCGUGGAGGGCGGAGGCGACAGCGCCAGCCGGAGCACGGCGAAGCGGGAGUCCGAGCAGGCGGCGGCGGCGGCGGCGGUGGAGGGCGGCGCCAGCAAGCCGCUGCCGCACGAGCAGGUGCCGCAGCCGCGUGAUGUGUACAACGAGCUGCUGGAGCGGCUCUGAUGAGCGAUGAGCAGGUCCGGUGCCGCCGCAGCCAUGUAUCGAGCUCGCUCGCUCCAUCAGAGAUCCUCCUCUUCCCCAAUCCCCGCGCUGCUCCUUUGAUCUCUCUCCUUAAUUAGUCCCUAAACUAGUGUUGUAAUUUUGUUACUACUUUACUACAUACUAGCAGGGUUUAGUUUCUACUGGGCGUUUGUUUUUGCUGCCAUAAGGAUUUUUGUUUGCUUUUCAAACCAAAAAAAAAAUGAAGUUUGCCUCGUUACUGUAGCAAGGUGUGAUUUCCGUAUUCUCCGACGACGACGGUCUACCAGCAACUGCUGAUGAUGGAUCAGGCGCCGCCGCCGCGUGACACUGACACCGAACGCUAAUCCAUCGGCCUUCACGGACGACGACACACGACGACGGAUCAGGCCUUCCUGCCGAUCGAGGACGAGGCCAGAAUCACCUUGAUUGUUGAUGCUGCAUGGAUGGAUCAGGUGAUCAAGAGCGAGCGGAUUGACAGUUGACACAAUCUGCCUUCGACCCUUCGUUUGUGGACAGAAAGGAGACAUCUUUUUUUUUUGGUGCUAGAAGCAGGUGUGAGCUGUGCAGUCAAAGCAGUCUCCAAACAUCAUUUGUUUUAAUCGAAGACAUGAACGAUUUCUUGAAGCAUAUGUUUAUCGCAGCUUGUCUUUCCCUCCUUUUGUAUCUCUGAACAAACAUGCAUCCAGGGAAUUUUAUCUCUGAA